CUACCCAUUGCCAUCCGUAGGCCUCCCCACCUAGGGCAAGAGCAAGAAGAGGGCCAACGGGGGUCAGCGCGACCCCGCUCCACCACUGUGCACUCUCAGGAUCGCCGGAAGUCCAACGGCGGCCAGAAUCGAGAGACCCGAGUGACGGGAGAUGGACAAUCCUCACAACACUUCUAGUUGAUGGGUUCUUUGCCAGUAAUAACCAAAUGCUCCCUUUUAGAAAAUUUGGCUAUCAUUCUUCUGCAUGUCCCAGCUCUGGCUUACUUCAGUUACUUGUUGUUUGGCACUACAAGGUGGCUAAUGUUGCAAGCUAUGGGACCUCGACUCAUCUGAACCAUAGGUUUGCUAGGAAGUUCAUGGGAUUUUUGAGUACAAAGGAGAUGCUUAUGGCUGUAAAAUAUGAAACGUGCCCUUUCCGAACCCACUUCUCAACAAUGGAUGGAAGUAUAUUGGUUCAGGCCCGUGACCCAUCUCAAGUAGCUUUGGAGCUGGAAACUGCAGUUGAGGAACAGAGAUUCGGGGAUGCAUGGAAGGCUUAUGAGAAGCACAUAAAUAUGGAUGGCUUUCCUAGGAAGUCAGUUUUAAGCAAGCUCAUAACUGCUUUGGCUGAGAGUUGUGACCGCCAUUGGCUUGACAAAGCCUAUACUAUAGUGGAUCUGGUUUUUAAAGAGAAGAAGCAUGAGCUAUUGGAGAAAGAGCCUCUUAUUUACCUUUCUUUUAUCCUUGCAAGGUGUGAGAUGCCUGUUUAUGCAUCAAACAUCGUGAGAAAAUUGAUCCAGAUGGAAGCAUUCCCUCCCACAGCAGCAUGGUCUGCAGUCAUAGGGCAUAUGUCUCAGACAACGACUGGUGCAUUCCUUGCUUCUGAGUUAAUUAUGGAGAUUGGUUACCUUUUUAAGGAUAACAGAGUUGAUCCUCGAAAGAAGAGCAACAGGCCAUUGCUCUCAAUGAAGCCUACAUCCUUUGUUUUUAACAUAGCUUUGACUGGCUGCCUUUUAUUUGGGACAACAAGAAAAGCUGAGCAGCUUCUUGAGCUAAUGCCUCGGGUAGGGGUGAAGCCUGAUGCCAACUUAUUGAUUGUAAUGGCUCGUAUAUAUGAAAAGAAUGGGCAUAGAGAUGAGAUCAAGAAACUGAAACGGCAUGUCGAUGAGGCCUGUGGCCUUGGUGAUUUUGAGUUUCAGCAAUUCUAUGACUGCUUGCUCUCAUGCCAUUUGAAAUUUGGGGACUUGGGUUCGGCAGUUGAUAUGGUCUUGGACAUGCUUAGAAAGGCCAAGGAAGCAAAGCGGUCUCUGGAUGCAGCUAAGUUGGUGCUGAAGGCAGUUGAAACUGGGAAGACCUUUCUUCCUUAUCAGAAUUCUGGACACGGCAAAUUGGAUAAUAUGGAUAGCUCUUGUUUGAUCAAAGCCUGUGCACCAUCCUAUGUUGACUUCACCAAAGACAGAAAUUUUUUACGGCUUGAAGCUGAGGCAACGGAAUCACUUAAACUGCUAUCAGGUAAAUUGCAGUCCCAGGUUGAAUUGGUUAUGUCUGAACAUGGCAUUCUCUAUCCAACUGAGAAAAUGUAUGCCAAGCUUGUUAAAGCUUUCUUGGAUGCAGACAAGAUUAAUGACUUGGCGGCAUUUUUAAUCAAAGCAAGUAAGGAAGACUUUCCUGUCUCCGUUGAGAACUCUACAGUGGUUCAGGUAAUAAAUGCGUGCAUUGCUCUUGGUUUGUUAGACCAAGCACAUGAUCUAUUAGAUGAGAUGAGAUUUUCUGGGAUUAGAGUCAGUUCAUCUGUUUAUUCUUCUCUUUUAAAAGCCUACUGCAAGGAGAACCGGCAUGGAGAGAUAAUGUCACUUUUCCGAGAUGCUCAAAAGGCUGGCAUUCAGCUUGAUUCAAGCUGUUACGAGGCUUUGAUCCAAUCUAGGGUGCAUCACAAUGACCCACGUGAGGCUCUUCAUCUAUUUAAAGAGAUGAAAGAGUCUAACAUAUCAAGAUCCAGUCAUUGUGCAUCUGAUAUGUUGGUGGAAGGUUCUGUCAGGAGUGGUGAAGCGGGUUUGAUGGAUAAGCUUUUGGAGGAGAUUAAGAACAAUCAGAGGGUGGAUUAUGAGGUUCAUGAUUGGAACAAUGUGAUACAUUUCUUCUGCAAGAGAAGGAUGAUGCAUGAUGCUCAGAAGUCUCUGAACAAGAUGAGGGCUCUGGGGCACACACCAAAUGCCCAGACUUUUCAUUCUCUGGUCACAGCAUAUGCUGCUAUAGGGGGGAAAUAUGUGGAAGUUACGGAUAUAUGGGGUGAAAUGAAAGUGCUUUCCAGUUCAAGUUCAAUGAAGUUUGAUCAGGAGCUCUUGGAUUCCUUAUUGUAUUGCUUUGUUAGAGGUGGCUUUUUUCUUCGGGCCAUGGAGGUGAUAGGGAUGAUGGAAAAUGGAAGAAUGUUCAUUGACAAAUAUAAAUAUAGGUCACUUUGGUUAAAGUAUCACAGGACACUGUACAAAGGUAAGGCUCCCAAAAUCCAGACAGAAGCUCAGCUGAAAAGGAGAGAAGCGGCAUUGGCUUUUAAAAGAUGGAUUGGCUUGACAUAAACAUGGCAAGAGGCCCUAGUUUGCUGCUUGGCCCACCAUUUGCCUCAUCAGCCAAUGGCAUUGAAGAUUUCUUUAGAAGCAGAGUUGAUGCAGCAAAUUCAAUGGUUCCAACAUGAAACUAAAUGCGAAGAUCGGAUGUGGUUGGCUGACUCAUUUUAUUAUCAUGCAUGACUGAAGCAUUCUACAAGGAGGGCAUGGCUUACAUCCUGAAUUUCCCGCUGAAUCACUCAGUGUUUUUUGAAUGGCAGAAAGGAGGAAUUCCAUUCAGUGUACUUGGUGUUUGAAAGGGUCAACAAAUUCAGCAGGUAGAGGCCCCACCUGAGGUCAUAUCGGAGAAUAUCGGAGAACGAAGCGGCGGUAGUGGCAGCGGCUCUGCCAUCUCAGACCCUUGAGCCCUCUCUCUUAGCGAUUCUAUUGGUAGAGCGGAGCGGAGGAGUUGAGGAGGAAAAGCAAUUCUACAAGGGCUUCACCGUGAUUUAUGUCAGUCAGACUCGGAUGAGACAUCCAUUUCAGAAUUAACAAAGCUAGGUUCUAGUCUUUAUUGGGCUUAUUUUUGGACCAUAAAUGGGAUCGGAUUAAUUGUAUACCCAAGACUGACCCAAAAAUCAAAUGAGCUCUAUAUCUUAGCUUAAGGUCGGUCCAAAGGUAUCUGGGUCUAAUCUGAAGCCUGACCCGAAGUCAGCCCGGCUUGAGCCUAGUUCCAUCCCAAGGCAUGAGUUAGCUGUGAUUAAAAUGCAUCCGAGGUAUUGCCAUUUUGCUCAUAAUGAU